CAGACGUAAAAACUGUCAAUGGGACGGUUUACGGCAUGUCGCGAAUGCGUGAAGCGCACGUGCAAGAGCUCGCAGCAAGCUAGCUAAGAUGCUAUGUAAACAAUUAGCCACUCACCGGUAAAAAAAAAAUAAAUAAUAAACUUCAGGCGUUUUAUGAUGUGACACUAUCAUCAAUUCGAUCGAUAACCUGAUCUUCAGACAGUUUGGAAUUGCUUCAGAGUGCAAAGAUGGCUGACAAAGAGGAGGAGCCAUCUACCCAAAUUAUUGGUGUAAGUUACUCUGACUCCGCCCCCCUGCUGUGGAGGAUGGAGGAUCUGCGGGCGGCUAGGUCUCAUGGCUUGGUGGGUGCACUGCUGGGGUCCCUGCCGCGGACCCCCCGACAGAACGUCCGUCUGGGUCGGCCGUUGUUGUUACUGCCAGAGGAGGAACGCCUGCUAGUGGAGCACAACGCGGCCGCCAUCUUGCCACCUGAACCACCGGAAGCAGAAGAGGCGGUACUUCGUCAGCAGGUGGCGCGGUUUGAGGAGAACCUGCUUUGCAGUUUUGAGGAGCAGCAGGUCCUUGCUCUUCGAGACAGGAAGGCAGCCCUAAUCAGAGCCAUGAGGUCAUCACAUGCAGAGUCCGCAUCGGGGAGUGAAGAUGAGGACCUAUGUGGGCGCCUGGAAGCGCUGGAGCGCGGCUUCACCUUCCCUCGUUCGGCGUUGGCGGUCCAGCUGAGCACGGCGAGAGCAGGACUCUCUCACUGCCCUGAGGACCGCGCCCUCCUGUCAGCAGGCUUGACCACUGGCCAAAACCCACAGUGCAACACCCGAUACCAGGUGUUCCGAGACCUGAGGGGGCGGGGCUUCUACCUCACUUCAGCCGGGAAAUUUGGCGGAGAUUUCCUCGUCUAUCCUGGUGAUCCUCUUCGCUUCCACGCCCACUUCAUCGCCGUGUGCCUGUCUGCGGACGAGAGCAUGGCGCUGCUGGAUAUUCUUGCCGUGGCUCGUCUUGGCUCCAACGUCAAGAAGACCGUCCUCUUGUGCUCGCCGCAAAGCAGUGGAGGCGUGACGUACUCGUCCCUGCAGUGGAGCGGGAUGGUCUGAAUGUCUCCUUCCACGUCCUUCAAGUCCAAGUCUUUGGUCCCCUGGAAGGGAAACUGCAUCCCGGCCAGUCGGAUCAGCGCCACGUUGACUCCUUGGAGGAGGAAGACCAGGAGGAAGAGCCAGAAGGAAAUGUCAUAACGCUCACGGUACGUCUGGAAGACGAAUGCCACUUCCUUAAAGUUGGCAAUGCGCUCUGACAGACCAUGGACUUUCACCUCAGACACGAACAGGAUCAGAACCAGGACGCUGCACAGGCCUGCGGAACACCAGAACAUCAUAACAUGGAAGUGACAGACAUGUCUUCUUUUUGAAGGCGUGCUGCCCCCUAGUGGUGCGACACUUAGUAUAUGCAGGCAUUAUGAGACUCUCACAGCAGAUGGACGUCCACAAGUAAAGUCCCAGAGGACCGUGCAGCGUCUCGUAAGGUCGGCCAAAGGCAUUGAAGAAGAAGAAACCGCUUGCCACGGACGAGAAGACGAUCAGUGCCGCGCAGAAAAAGAUGAUCGUCACGUGAAGACCUGCCGGGACGGCGUCCAACAGCUCUGAAAAGACUGACACACAAAGCAACUUUUUUUCACAACGUUAUGCACAGUGAUGAAUCCAGGAUGAAGGUUACUUUGAACAAAUGUUCACAAAGAACUGAAUAAUUAAUAAAGAUUUA